CUUCUCGCCUGACGGCAGCAGUUCCCUUCCUUGCGCGCCGCCUCGCUCCGCCCCCUGGCCAGGCGACUCCGGUAGCCGCACGCUGUGUUUGUCUGUGGGCAAUUGAGCCGGCGUUGCUUGCUUGCUUGCUCGAUCUGUCUCCUCUUGUCGACAGUGUUAAGGAGGAGCGGGUGGGACGAUUGCUUACCGACGGGCAACCCUGAUUUGUGCAGUUCCUCCGGUGAUAGAUCAAUCGGGUGUCUUUGACUUUGGAGGGAACUUUUCGUUCAUAUUACCCGACAUUCAACACACAGGAAAAUCUGAUAGUUUAUUCAUUCAGUGAUGACUUGUUUCUCUUGCAUAUUCAGAAAGAGAAAAACUUCACGCCGGCAACACGAUCAACCCAGUGAAGACAUUCCAGGAACUGAAGUUGCUAAAAUCUACACUUACAAGGAAUUGAAAAAUGCAACCGAUGAUUUUAGUCCUGCUAACAAAGUUGGAGAGGGAGGUUUUGGUUCUGUGUACAAGGGAAGGCUUAGAGAUGGAAAAUUUGUUGCUAUAAAGGUGCUCUCCUCUGAGUCAAAACAAGGAGCACGGGAAUUUCUGACUGAAAUCACCGUGAUCUCUGGUAUCAUCCAUGAGAAUCUUGUCAAGCUGUAUGGUUGUUGCGUAGAAGGAACUCACAGAAUACUUGUUUACAACUAUUGCGAGAAUAAUAGCCUUGCACAAACACUCCUUGGUUCCAGCCAUAGUAGCAUUCAGCUCGACUGGAGAACGCGAGCCAAAAUAUGCGUUGGUGUUGCUCGUGGACUUGCAUUCCUUCAUGAAGAAGUCCGACCGCAUGUAGUUCAUAGGGAUAUUAAAGCAAGCAAUAUUCUUCUUGAUAAGGACCUCACACCCAAAAUUUCUGACUUUGGUUUAGCGAAGCUUCUGCCAGCUAAUAUGACUCAUGUCAGUACCAGAGUUGCUGGAACAAUAGGGUACUUAGCACCUGAGUAUGCGGUUCGAGGACAAGUGACAAGGAAGUCAGAUGUUUACAGCUAUGGUGUUCUUCUACUAGAAAUAGUUAGUGGCAGAUGUAACACCAACACAAGGCUACCUUAUGAAGAUCAAUUUCUUCUGGAGAGGUCCCCAGGCAUCACGAGUGGACUUCUCAUCUUGCAGACGUGGGGUCUUUACGAAUGUGGCAAGCUGGCGAAUAUCAUAGACAAUUCUUUGACAGAUGACUUGGAUGUUGAAGAGGCAUGUAAGUUCUUGAAGAUUGGACUCUUGUGCACACAGGACACCAUGAAGCUUAGGCCCUCAAUGUCCAAUGUCGUCAAGAUGUUGACCGGCAAAAAGGAUGUGGACUCAGAGAUCACUAAGCCUGGUAUAAUUGAUGACUUCAUGGAACUUAAGAUUAGAAGCAAGAAUAAGGAUGAUCCAAUGAGUAGCUCAGGCAUAUCUCCUGCUCUAGAGAAAUCACCCUCGUCAUCAGAGAACACUACGUAUGCAUCCAUGACCUUCACAUCAAUAUCUGAGCGGGACUGAAAACCAGUGAAUGUAAAAAGGAAAAAGAAAAUUUUCAAGGUACAUAGUCAUGUAGAGUCGAUGUAAUUCCCUUAAUUUUUUUUCAAGGAAAAUCUGUUUGAUUCUUGAUUUUGCAUCUUGUAGAUUCUAGAUUCUGUAGAUAUCCAUAUGGCUUAUGAUCAAAACAGAACUUGAGUCAUUUCGAAGUUUAAAAGAAUAAAGUUAGAAUUGUUUGAUUGAUCCA